CGCGCUCUGCGGCAAGCGGCGGGAGAGGCGCGGGGAGGGCCCGCAGGGAGUCCGGGCAGGAGCCCGGCCGAAGGCGCCGCUGUGCGGGGCGGCCGCGGCCAUGUGCAAGAUGUCCUUCAAGAAGGAAACGCCGCUUGCCAAUGCCGCCUUCUGGGCAGCCCGGAGAGGAAACCUGGCGCUGCUCAGGCUGUUGCUGAACAGUGGCCGUGUGGACGUGGACUGCAGGGACAGUAAUGGUACCACACUCCUCAUGGUCGCCUCCUACGCAGGGCACUUUGGCUGUGUGAGGGAACUCGUGCUACAGGGUGCAGACAUCAAUCUCCAGAGGGAGUCAGGGACAACAGCGCUGUUUUUUGCUGCCCAGCAAGGCCACAAUGAUGUCGUACGAUUUCUCUUUGAAUUUGGAGCAUCUACUGAGUUUAGAACAAAAGAUGGGGGCACUGCUCUGCUGGCUGCCAGUCAGUAUGGGCACAUGCAGGUGGUGGAGACCUUGCUGAAACAUGGGGCCAACAUCCACGACCAACUAUAUGAUGGAGCAACUGCACUCUUUCUGGCCGCCCAAGGGGGUUACUUGGAUGUUAUUCGAUUAUUGUUGUCUUCAGGAGCUAAAGUCAAUCAGCCAAGGCAGGACGGGACAGCGCCACUGUGGAUCGCAUCGCAGAUGGGCCACAGCGAGGUGGUGAGGGUGAUGCUGCUACGUGGAGCUGAGCGCGAUGCCACCCGGAACGAUGGUACAACAGCAUUACUGAAAGCAGCCAACAAAGGGUAUAAUGAUGUUAUAGAAGAAUUGUUGAAAUUCUCACCGACCCUCGGUAUUUUGAAGAAUGGGACAUCGGCACUCCACGCCGCAGUGCUCAGUGGGAACAUUAAAACAGUUGCUCUUCUCCUGGAAGCUGGGGCAGACCCAGCCCUGAAAAACAAGGCCAAUGAGCUUCCAGCAGAAUUAACCAAAAAUGAACGCAUAUUGGGUCUCCUCCGAAGUAAAGAGGGUCCCAGGAAGAUCUAAUUGGAUGUCUCACACUGGCCUGAAACCCCACCCAAUUCCUGGAUUCUAUGGAAAUGCAUUUUAAACUGCAUUAAUACAGGCUCAGUCAAACUCUAAGAUAAA